UGUGAAAAUGGCUGAUAUCAGUCUAAAGUUUGUAUCUCAGAAGAUCAGUAAAAUCAGAUGGCGGCCUACGGCAAAAGAAUCUUUGCAGCAUUCACAAAUAUUUGCCACUGGCAGUUGGGACGAUGACGACAAUAAGAUAUGUUUGUGGAAGCUUGAUGAUAGCUCUGCAGGAGAUAUCUCCCUUCAGGACUCGGCAUGGGCAGCAGAAAACGAACCCAAACUUCUGUGCGAUGUCCAGCAUGUGGGCGAUGUCAUGGCUUUAGAGUUUGUGGGUGUGGAGCAGCUGGUGUCAUCAUCUUCUACAGGAAGUGUCAGCCUGUACAGAUACCACCCGAACUCCCGUACCCUGAGCCUGGCCCAUCAGUGGCCUGGCCUACAUCACUACCCCAGGAAGCGUUGCCCCUGUACCUGUGUGGCCCCCCGGGGAGACGAAAUGGUGGCGACCGGUGGCGAAGACGGGAGAAUUGUUCUCUUACAUUUAGAACAUAAAACACCCGUUAGAAUUAUUGAGAAAGGAGAUAGUUGUACAAUAAACGAUGUGUUAUUCAUGAAACAGACAGAGAUAGUCACAGUGAACACUGCGGGGCAGUUGAAACUGUUUGACAUACGGCAAAACACAGAUGAGGCAGCAAAAACCUACUCUGUGUCUGGAGAAGACCCUGUGCCUCUCCAGUGUGUGGCCAAGCACCCCGGUCAGCACCACAUAGUUGCCACUGGGGGAGAGGAUGGUAUGUUGUGUAUAUGGGACCUCCGUCAGGAACACUACCCCAUCAACCCUCUACAGGCCCACUCUGCUACCUUGUGGGAGGUGAAAUUUCACCCAUCCAGUCCUGACAAUUUGUUCACAUGUUCAGACGACGGAUCGGUAUGGCACUGGGAUGGGACGGCUGUCAACGCGAGUGUUUCCAUGGCAGCAACACCCAGCCUGCUCUCAGCUACAGUGACAGGUGCCGGUGCAGGGGGAGGGGCGCUGAGCAGUAGCCGAUUAUCCAUGGCCUCCGGGGCGCCUACAUCGGGGUUGGCUAGCCCAUGGUUGGCCUCUAACAUCUCCCACCAGAAACUCAAAGUGACAGAGCUGAUUCCUGCGGAUUCUUUACCCGUGAACUCUAUAGACAUUGAGAACAACAUGUUGCUGUGUGGCUCUGACAAUGAGGCUGUGUAUUCAGUCAGCAAUCUGGUGAUCAGAUAACGCAAAGCUUUGGGAGUUUGAGAGGCUGCAUCUUCAUACCAGUCACUUAUCCAGCAUUUUCAUCCCAGUCAGUCUUCAUUUAUAUUUACAUCAGAUACCAUGUUAUAUAUCACCUGUGUAUGUUGGAAGGCCUUCCAGCAACCAGCUAAUGGUCAUGGGUUUCCCAAGGGCUAUGUUUGGUUUCUUCCAACCAUAAUGUUGGACAUCGUCAUAUAAGUGAAAUAUUCUUGAGUACGGUGCAAAACACCAAUCAGAUAAAUCUGACACAACAGAGCAUCCGUUUUAGUACUGAGAGAUUUCUGUGUGGUACUACAGAUUUCUGUGUGGUACUACAAAGCAUGUGAUUAGUACUGAGGGAUUUCUGUGUGGUACUAAGAAGUACCUGUUUACUUCUGAGAAUAAAUGCAUCUGGGAAAGAUUUGAAAGAUUUCCCUCUAUAUCACAAAUGGGUUGUGAAAAAACAACAAAAGAGAUGGCAAAUGGUAUUUCAGUGGUUUUUUCUCUAUUUAUUUAAGCUACAAUGCAUUGAAGUCCUAAAGAAUACAGAUAACAUGAAUUAUCUCAACUUUUUGAGGGUAUGCUAGCCAUCGGCGUAUAAGUGAAAUAUUCUUGUGUACGGUGUAAACCACCAAUCAGAUAAAUAAAUAAAUACUUGAGGGUUGUUUUUUUUAUUAUCAGAUCUGUUCGAAAUGUGCCAAAAGAGCAAAAGUAACAUUGUCACAGUUAUAUAGGUUCGCUUCACCAGAAAUAGUUCUUUAAAUCAUUGCAUUUAUUUGCCGUGGUCGGCAUCAUUGUUCAUCCUGUUCUGCGAGGAAAAUCCUGAAAAACAGGCAAUGGUGUUAGGUUUGAAUUUGAAAGAUUUUUGAUCUGUUGCAUUUUAUUUCAGUCAUCGGUAUUAAAGGCAGUAAAAAGUAAAUUGCUAUGAUAGCUUGGUUACUUUUUUCAUGAUCGUCUGGACUCCUGUUUUAGUGUUUGAAAUCAAAUACAUGUCUCAAAUACAAAUUUUUAUCACAGGUUUAACUUUUUGAAGUUAUGUAACAUUCGUUUUGUCAUCAGUUCUGUGGAUAAAAGCUAAAUUAAUCAGCGUUUAAACUAAGUGCCAAGUGAAUAUGUUUUUGAAAUAUGGUUCAGGAGAGAAAAACUAAAAACAUAACAUGAGGAUUUAAAUUUUUAAAAAAAGGUGAACCGUUGUGAUUAAUGUUAUACUUAAUGUUAUAUUUUAGGAAAAAAAAAAUGUAGCCUACUAAUCCGUUACAGUAAGAUCCAGAGUUCUAAACUUGUACCAUACAUUGCUUGUCAGACAGGAUCAUCUAAAAUUGCCUUGUCUUACAAGGUCGUCGUGUGAUUGCUUUGCCUGACGAGGUUGCCUUCAGAUUGCUUUGUCCGACAAUGUCUUGAGAUUGCUGUGUGUCUGACAAGGCCGUCUUGAACUUGUUUUGUCUGACAGGGUUGUCUUGAGAUUGCUGUGUGUCUGACAAGGCCGUCUUGAACUUGUUUUGUCUCACAGGGUUGUCUUGAGAUUGCUGUGUGUCUGACAAGGUCGUCUUGAGAUUGCUUUUUCUGACAAG